UUUCUUAUCACUGAAUAACAAAUGGGCUCCAAACAACACAUCAUCGCUUAUUAAAAAAUGGUAUUUGGCCGCCGCGGCACAUCCGAAUCCUUUCGUCGAGAACCAGGUGUUUUUUUGGCUUUUGUCAAUACGAGAUUUUGGUUACCGGGUUCUCAUUUCCUUCUUGUUUCUUUUAUUGGUAAUUUUUUUUUUUUUUUGCUUCUUCCAUUGUGUUAUAUAUUUUUUUUCCAUUCCCUCUUCUCUCUCUCUCUCUCUCUCUCUCUCUCCCCCUCUUUUUAAUAUAUGAACUGAUCCGCAAAGGGCAUCUUUUGGGAUGAAGGACUCAAACAGACUGGCACAGGCUGGAGCCUCGCCAAGACUGCUUGGAAUUGGGAUGAUUGCCAUGCUGGGAGCAAGGAAAGACAGUACAGAGAGAAGGGGGGUAAAUAAAAAAAAAGACUUGGCAGAGCUCAGUCAAAUCAGUUUCUUUUGUCUGCCUCCUCGACUUGAGCUUCAGGAAUGAAAUCCAUUCUGGGCUAGAAAAAAAAAAGGAAAAAAAAAUUAGAACUUUUUUUUAUUUUUAUGGCCUUUUUUUGAAGGUGGGGGGGGGGGUCUGCAAACUUGGAAUCUUAUUUCUUUAUUAUAAAACCUUUGUGGAUUUCUUUUUUGGGGAAAACAAAAUGACAUGCGACGUCUGCGGUUUACUAAAGUUAUUCCAGAAAAAUAACAGCAAAAAACUUCACAAUUACCUGGCUUCGGCAUGGCAUCCGGAUCUGCGAUUGGAUCAGUUUUGCAGCAAAAGUACUCGCAUGGAACUUUUUUUUUUUUAUACUGAGAUGGAUAUUGUUUUCUUAAUUUUUACAAAGGCCGACUGUACAGAACAGAAAAAUGACGAAACUUUUUUUUUUUUUUUUUUUAAAUAUAUAUAAAAUAUUUGGAUUUUUUUUUUCUAAGGAAAAGGCAAAGUUACGAUUCUCCUCUGAUCAGCUGUGGAAGCAACAGUUUUUUCUGCUGGUGCAGCAUUCUGGAUGUUUUUUUUGUUUCUGCUUCUCCUCCCUGUAAUUAUUGAAGACCUAGCCGAAAACCAGGAGACGACCCACUGCACAGAUGACUGAAGGGCAGACGUGAACCCUAAACACCAUGUCAAUGGCCAUGCAAUGGUUGAACCAUUUCCCGAAGGCACUGAGAUGGCAAUAUUUGGUAUGGGCUGUUUCUGGGGAGCAGAAAGAAAGUUCUGGAAGCAGAAAGGAGUCUAUUCUACUCAGGUCGGUUUUGCUGGAGGUUUUACGCCCAAUCCUACCUAUCAAGAAGUCUGCACAGGAAAAACAGGCCAUGCAGAGGUGGUCCGAGUCGUCUAUGAGCCGGAGAAGAUCAAUUAUGGCAAAUUACUGAAGGUCUUCUGGGAGAGUCAUGACCCAACCCAAGGGAUGCGUCAGGGUAAUGAUGUGGGCACCAUGUAUCGUUCGGCCAUCUAUACAUACAACAAGGAACAGAUGGACGCCGCUCUGAAAUCCAAAGAAGAUUACCAAAAGGAGUUGACUGCUAAUGGAUUUGGAAAUAUCACCACGGAAAUCAAGGAGGAACCAAAGUUUUACUAUGCAGAAGAGUAUCACCAGCAGUACCUCAGCAAAGUGCCCAAUGGCUACUGUGGACUGGGUGGCACCGGAGUCUCUUGCCCAGUUGGCCUGAAAUAAACUGGAAAUCCUCCGCCCCCGUAUCUUCAGACUCAGGAUGAUAUUAUAAUAUAUCACUGUUGAUCAUUUCAAUCUGUUUUAUGCUUUUGACUUUAAUACACACAGGGGGAGAUUUCUCAAAACCCGACCAGAGGAAAAGUUGACCAAUUGCCCAUAGCAACCAAUCAGAUCGCUUCUUUCGUUUUUCAAAGGCCUUUCAAAAAAAAAAGAAACCCAUAGCAACCGAUUGGUUGCUAUGGGUAACUCAGCAACUUUUCCUCUGGACAGGUUUUGACAUCUCCUCCUAUAGUUCUUAGCAAGCGCCAUUAAAGGGGUACUCCAUCCCUAGACAUCUUAUCCCCUAUCCAAAGGAUAGGGAGUAAGAUGUCUGAUCUCGGGGGUCCUACUGCUGGGGACCCCCGUGAUUUCCCUGCUGCAUCCGGCCUUCCUUUAGAGUGUCGGGUGCAGCGCCGAAGGCUCGUUACGUCACGGCCACGCCCCACUUGUUAUGUCACGGCCACGCCCCCUCAAUGCAAGUUAAUGUUAGGGUGCAGCAGGGAGAUCACGGAGGUCUCCAGCGGCCUGACCCUUGCGAUCAGACAUUUUAUAAGAUGUCUAGGGGCGGAGUACCCCUUUAAAUACUUGACAAUCCUCCUUCUGUAUAUUAAAUAGACUGUUCAAAAAAAUAAAGGGAACACUUACACAACACAAUGUAACUCCAAGUCACUGACACUUCUGUGAAAUCCCACUGUCCACUCAGGAAGAACACUGAUUGACUAAAUACUUUUUUGCCCCACUGUAGAAAGGAGUAUAACCUAUGACAGUGGAUAUCUGAAGUGACCAGAUCCAAUAUACUAUGAAUGAUUAUGAGGAUGGGAACGCCUGUGACCUAAUAAGCAUCUCGAUCAACCAAUCAGUCCUAGUCAGCUUUAUUGUCAACCAAUCAGUCCUAUUCAGCUUCAUUGUCAACCAAUCAGUCCUAUUCAGCUUCAUUGUCAACCAAAUCAGUCCUUACUGACCUAGCCAUGUCCAUAUUAACUAAUCAUUCCCUAUCUACCUAGUCAGCUUAAACAUCAACCAUUCAGUCCUUACUGACUUAGUCAGGCUUAUUGUCAACCAAUUAGUCCCUACUUACUGUCAGCUUUAUCGUCAACCAAUUAGUCCUUGAUGACCUAGUCAGCUUCAUUGUCAACCAAUCAAUCCCUACUGACCUAGUCAACGUUAUCAUCAUCAGUCAGUCCCUACUGACCUAGUCAGCUUAAUCGUCAACCAAUCAGUCCCUACUGACCUAGUCAGAUCCAUCGUCAACCACUCAGAACCUAUCCUACUGACCUAGUAAAUAUUAUUUUCAUCCAAUCUUCCUUGAUUACAAAGUCAGCUCCAUUGUUAACCAGUCGGUCCCUAUAGACCUAGUCAGCUUCUUUAACAACCAAUCAGUCCCUACUGACUUAGUCAGCUUCAUUGUCAACCAAUCAGUCCCUACUGACCUAGUCAGCUUAAUCUUCAAGCAAUCUGCCUUGAUGAUCUAGUCAGCUCCAUUUUCAACCAGUCGGUCCCUACUGACCUAGUCAACUUCGUCAUCAGCCAAUCAGUCUUUGAUGACCUAGUCAGCUUAAUCACAAACCAAUCAGUCCCUAGUGACCUAGUCAGAUCCAUCCCAACCAGUCAAUCCCUACUCACCUAGUCAACUUCAUUGUCAACCAGUCAGUCCCUGCUGACCUUGUCAACUUCAUCGCCAACUAACCAGUCCUUAUCGUUGUGGUCAAGUGUUGCAUACCAAACCUUUCAACCGUUCUAUAAAAUGCAGGUGUUGUGGAGCUAAGUUUUUUUAUUUAGCACAACUCAUGAUGGCACAAUGGAUAAUAUUGUAUCACUGGUUUUACAUAGGUCUACUAGUCAAUCUACUACAUUUUCAGGUUGAAGAAGCAAUGCCACCUCUACAUCCAUCGGGCCUUGUGACAAUGAACCACCUGUAGUUUUUUCACCACGUAGGCAAACAUUAGAGGGUACUCCACCCCUAGACAUCUUAUCCCCAAUCCAAAGUAUGGGGAAUAAGCUGUUUGAUCGUGGGGGUCCCGCCACUGGGGACCCCUGUCAUCUCCCUGCUGCACCCGUGAUUCGUUUAGAGCGUCGAUUGCAGCGCCGGAGGCUCGUGACAUCACGGCCGCGCCCCCUCAAUGCAAGUCUGUGGGAGGGGGUGUCAUGCCCCCUCCCAUAGACUUGCAUUGAAGGGGCAGGGCCGUGACGUCACGAGCGGGGUGUGGCCAUAACGUCAUGAGCCUCUGCCCUGCUUCGCCAGUUAUCCGUGACAGAGUGAAGUUCGCUCCGUGUACCGGAUGUCUGAGGUGCCGCAGCCAAGAUCGUGGGGGUUCCUCAGCAGUAGGACCCCCGUGAUCAGACAUCUUAUCCUCUAUCCUUUGGAUAGGGGAUAAGACGUCUAGGGGCGGAGUACCCCGUUAAGGUUUUAUCGCUAUGUGAAGUCACUAUCGAGCCCUAGCCUUAAUUUUUUUUCUCCUAAAAUGUUACAUUUUGGUCUCAUUUUGUCCCAUAUAUUCACAAUAGCCCAUACAGGCCCCUCGCUGGUGUGAUGGCACUGAAUGUUUGGCAUUUUUAUUAUAACCCCUCGUGCCCGCAGCACAUUUUUUUCUCCGUUGCUCAUGUUUACAGCAUAAAACAAUAAGCUUCAUUUCCAUAUUGUUCUGCAAAUGUUGUUUAUCCGAGUGUUACAUGUCAAGAAUCAAUUUCUGAAAAAUAAAAUAAAGCGCUUUCAUCUGCAAA